AUAUGUAAAUUUAAUAUUCAGUAAAUAUUUUAUGGGCAAAUGAAUAUUUCAAUAUUUUAGCAGAUACUACGGAAAUUCGUUUACUGUGCGACGGUUUAAACGGACAUCGAUGGUCAAAGUGUAAUCUUGGCCACUGUUUAUAAGGGAACAGGAGCUCAUCGUUGAUAGAGGACUGCCUUGAAAGGAUCACUGGAUCACUAGGAGGAUCUAUGAUCCCGUCCAGUCGUCCGUGAAUCGGGCAUGUGUCGAAAACCACAGAAAAGUUCUGCCUAAGUUGCGGCGAAGGGGUUGAGAUUGCAACUCGUGAGAACUGGCCUCGAAAAGUUGAGAAGAAACAUCAGGGACGUUUGAGGACGGCUUUAAAACUUGAUCAUCUUUUUUCAUCGAUAGAACAUGCAAUUUUUCACUUCCUUGUUUAUCUAUACAGCGGACUUGUUAUGCGACGAACGGCAAUUUCGAAGUUUGGAAUAUUUAAAAUAUUGAAACGAGGGAAGAAACGGUAAGGGAAGAAGAGAAAAAAAGUUAAAUAUUCCAAUGUUAAAUAAUACCACAACUAGGAAUUCCAGAAUUAAAUAUUGCGUAAUUAAACACUUCAAGAUUAAAUUUUUCGUGAUUAAAUAGUUCCAAGAUUAAAUAUGUUGGGCUAAAAAUAUCCCAAAAUCAGCAGAUUUCUACACCAAAUAUUCCGAAAUUAAAAAUUCCAGAAUUGUACAAGGCAAAAGAAUAAUACGCACCAACUUCUUCCUCGUCAGUGACACUUUACUUCUUCGAUAAUUCACCGCAGCUUUCGACAGCUUUAACUUCCACACAGACGCGUCUAGCGGGAUCGCCGUUCACGUUUAUGUCAUUAGCAAGAAAACAAUUAAGGUAUCGUUUUUCAUGUCAGGUGUUGAUCAUCGUAACGUGGUUUACUCACAUGAUCGACGCCGCGAUGCUAUAAAAGCUAGAUCGUUCGAUCGAACUAGCCACACUCGUAAUCGAGACGUCCGUUUCGUGGCCGGUGGUGUCCAGCAGCAUGAGCUUGCUCAUAAUUCUGGCCGCAUUAGUGGCGUCAACGAUCGCCAAGACUUACGAACAGAGAGAGUACUAUCAAUACAGAGGUCCACCGGCGCCAUUAACCAGCGAUGGGAUGGUGAUGGACACGCCGGAAGUGGCCCAUGCAAGAGCUGCCCAUCUAGCGUUACACGCUGAAACGAUAGCUAGAUUAAGAAAAGCUCAGAACGAUUACGAAACGUACGAGAACAACGAAAUGUACAUGCCUCGGAUGAUGGACCCCAUGGAGGUUAUUACGCAGAAACGACAAAGACAGAGGACGUUCGUGCCUUUGGAGAAUGACGGACGCGCCAUGGAAACCUGUAAGACUUGCAGUAUACCCCAGAUGACAGAAGCAAAAAUCCCGCAUGUAGCAACGCAUGCGAGAGCAGCCUCAAAGGCAUCCGAAUUUUAUGAAUUCGACGUCUUUGACGGACGAAAAAAUUUGGUUUACCUUGCUCCUAUCGGACUGACGUAUAAACACACGCCAACGAUAGGUUAUCGGGGACCAUUGGCGCCCCUGGGACCGGAUGGCCGCGUGAUAGACACACCGGAAGUAACGAGGGCACGCGAGGCUCAUAUGAAGGCGCAUGCUCGCGCUGUGGCGCUUUCAACGCAAAACGAUCUUUACUACUGACCAAUAAAAUAGGAUCUCUCUUUGUUUAUUCCGUGAGAUUUGGGUAAACGGGCAUGUACGAUACGUUAAACGAUUAACUUUGGUAUUUUUGUUUAAAAUUAAGAACGAUGAAAAAAUGCAAUACUCCGUUCUUUGAAGAGUUGUAAUAUUUUGAAACCGAAUUUUGAUAUUUCUGUUUCAAGCUAAGGACGAUGAAUAUAUUAUAAAGUUAUAUACAUGUACUGUACUUGAGUGAAGAAAAUUGCGCGUGUCACCCAGUUUUCUUCUCAAAUCGUUCGACUUUCUGUCAAACUGUACGCAUUCGUUCUACGAGAAUCGCACAAUGUAACUUUUCGCAGCAAUGAGAGCACCGUUUGUAUUGUACCUGAUUUUUUACAUUUAACAUCGUUUUGGACUUUGAUUUUCGUUUGUUCGGCAGUUUGACAACGAAAACAACCUACGCACUUUUUGUAAAUAAUGUUACCAAUGCACACACUCAACCCUACAUAUACGUAAUAUUAAUUAAAACGAAUCAUUUUAUAUGAAAUAACGAUUUCUUUUUAUCUCACAUUGCCAUUGCUGCAAUUCGAAUUUUAUUGCCAUAUGAUUGUUACUAAUGAUUAACAAUAGGUGAUUUUAACAACGUCUAGAUUCUAAGCCAAUAGUAAUAACUUAUGAUAGUCGUAGAAGGUUAAGAUACUUAUGUGAAAUGAAUUUUAUGUUGAUUAGAAAAUCUCUC